AUGGCCUCCUGUACCCUUGUCUCUGGUCUCCCCCGGUCCCUCCCUCCCCUUCCUCCGGGGCCGGCCCCUACCUGUGUUCCUUGUGUUGAGGGCCGGCAGCGCGCCACUCCUCACUCCUCCGAGUUCCCUCCGACAGAGGCUCCCCUGCAGACUCUCCACAUGGACGUGUGGGGCCCAGCCCGCGUCCGUGGACAGGGUCACGAGCGUUACUUCCUGCUGGUCGUUGACGACUACUCGCGUUACACCACAGUCUUCCCCUUGCGCCGCAAGGGUGAGGUCACUGAGGUGUUGAUCGACUGGAUCCGCGGUGCCCGUCGCCAGCUCAGCGAGAGUUUCGGCUCGGACCUUCUUGUUCUGCGUCUGCACUCAGACAGGGGUGGUGAGUUUUCCUCCGACCUUCUGAGGGCUUUCUGUCGUGCGGAGGGCAUCCGCCAGACGUUCACGCUUCCGGCCUCCCCACAGCAAAAUGGGAUUGAUGAGCGCCGCAUUGGCAUGGUCAUGGACGUCGCUCGUACGUCCAUGAUCCAUGCGGCUGCUCCCCAUUUUCUGUGGCCGUUCGCGGUUCAGUACGCUGCGCAUCAGAUCAACCUUCAGCCUCGUGUCUCCUUGCCGGAGACCACACCUACUCGGCGGUGGACGGGGAAGGUUGGCGAUGCGUCUGUGUUCCGUGUCUGGGGAUCUCGAGCUUUUGUCCGCGAUUCUUCCGCGGACAAGCUGUCCUCCCGUGCUGUUCCCUGCGUCUUCCUUGGCUUCCCCCCUGACACGCCUGGGUGGCAGUUAUACCACCCCACCUCGCGUCGUGUUCUGUCCUCUCAGGACGUCACGUUUGACGAGUCGGUAUCUUACUACCGUCUCUUUCCCUACCGCACUGCCCCACUCCCCCCCCCGCCGCUCUUCCUAGCACCAGGUGCUCCUCCGGUAGACCCCCUCCCCCCUCAGGGUCCUGCCCCCUCAGCCUGA